CUGUUUUGGAUGAGCCCAAUACGUGUAAAAUCGUGAAAUUGAACUGUACUCUUUUUUUGACAUGGAAAAUCUAACUGAAACAAGAAGAAAAGAUUAAAAAAAGAGAGAGGAAAUAGAAAGAAGAAGAGGGAGGACUUUCCAAAAACAGUGACAAAAAGGAACAAGAAAAAAAAAACCCAAGACUAAGUUAUAUAGGACCAAAACACAAUGAUCAGAUGCGCGGGAUAAACAAACGCUCAUUGUCAGACCUCAAAUUUCCUAUAUCACAGCUUGUUGAGCGAGUCAGUUAACGAGUGAAAAAAUUUCUGUGACUAGCAAUGGAUCAGAUGGAUGAAUCCCUUAAGAAACAAAUUGCAGCAUUGUUGAGAGUUAUACAUGUGACAAGAUGCUCCAAAGAGGACAAUGUUCCUUGCCAAAUUGAAGAGGGUCUCUUCUUGGGUUCUAUUGGAGCUGCAAAUAACAAGGAGGAACUAAAAAACUUAAACAUUACACACAUUUUGACUGUAGCUAAUUCAUUCGAACCUUCAUAUCCAAAUGAUUUUGUGUAUAAGAUUAUAAAUGUUGCGGACAGAGUAUCAACAGAUUUAAAGCAGCACUUUGAUGAGUGUAUUGAUUAUAUUGAUGAAGCUAAAAGAUCUGGUGGUGGUGUGUUGGUUCAUUGCUUUGUGGGAAGAUCCAGAAGUGUGACUAUUGUUGUUGCAUAUCUGAUGAAAAAGCAUGGCAUGAACCUAUCUCAAGCUCUUGAGCAUGUGAAGAGCAGAAGACCUCAGGCAGCUCCAAAUUCUGGUUUCAUAUCACAACUGCAGAGCUUUGAAAGGGCUCUUCAUGAUGAAGAGAACAAGACAAUGUAAUGUACAUAGGUGGAUUGCGUUGAAGAUCCUCGCUCUGGACUGCGUUGAAGAACCUCGUUAUAAUAUAUAUGUUACCCAAGUUAGAUAGAAAUUUGGUGGUAUAGAACUUUCACACUUGUUACAAAAGAAAAGGAUGAGCCCUGAUGCGGGCAACUAAAAUUUAAAGUUGAUUGUGAGAAUGCUUCGGUUGUAGUUCUGUAUAAGCUCUUUCCAUGUGUUCAAUGAAGCAAGAAGGGUGAAAUCCUAAUUGCAUUGAAGCUUUUUAUGUAGAGAUUGCCAUAAACUUAUGAAACAGUGUGUAAAUCUUUGUGGUAUAGAAAAGCAGAUUGGUACUA